AUGCUCUUGCUGAGCACUUGCAGAACAUUCUGUGUGAGAUGUAAUCACCUCAAACCUGUUUUACUUCACUGUCACGAUGAAGGUGGCUUUUUUUCCCCCUUUUUUUUCAGAUAUGAUACCCAUGAACCAAACCUGUUGGUGGCCAGAGAGAAACACCUGAGGAGGCACAUAGAUGAUCGGCUUAACUACGAGGCCAGACCGCAUGUUCAAACAACUGCGCCCUGGAAAGCACCGAUCAUGUGGGAGGGGAUGUUUGACGUACAUUUUUAUGACAAGCUGCACAUCCAACUCCGGUCGUCUGUGGCCCUCACUGUGUUUGCUGUGGGCAGGUACCUGGAUGUCUACUGCAAGAAUUUCCUUACCUCAGCAGAAAAACACUUUAUGUUGGGAUUACCAGUGACAUAUUACGUGUUUACGGAUUCACCAAAGCAGGUACCGACAAUCAAGCUUGGUCCCGAGCGAAGCCUCAAGGUUAUCCAGGUGGAAAGGUACACCAGGUGGCAGGACAUCUCUAUGAUGCGCAUGAGGAUGAUAUCAGAAAUCAUAGAGUCGGAGAUCGCUCACAGCUUCACCUACGUCUUCUGCUUCGAUGUGGAUCAAGUGUUUAAAGGGAGGUUCGGCUCGGAGGCUUUGGGGGAUUCUGUGGCUUUGCUCCACGCUCAUUAUUACAAAAAACCAUCGCACAUGUUCACCUAUGACAAAAACCCCAAAUCCCAAGCCUUCAUGGCAACUGGAGAUUUCUACUACCAUGCCGCCAUCUUUGGAGGAUCGUGGAAAAAUGUCAAGAAUCUGACAGAUGCCUGCUACCUGAGCAUCACACAGGACAAAUCGAAUGAUGUUGAGGCUCUGUGGCAUGAUGAAAGUCACCUGAACAAGUACUUUUGGUUGAACAAACCCAGCAAGCUGCUCUCCCCCGAGUACUGCUGGGACUGGCAGAUUGCUGACAUGAGCGACAUACGCCUCGUCCGCUUGGAAUGGGCGCCAAAACAUUACGACACACUCAGAACUGAAUAACUGUGACAAGAUGAGUCACUCUGACUUGAAACUUUGACCUUUGACCAUCAGAUUCUAAUCAGGUCAUUAGUGAAUGUUGGUAAAUUAGUGAACAAUCUUGCCAGAUGUAAUAACAUUUCCUCAUCUUGACAUUCACAAAAUGUGAGAUCACAAAAUCGAACCAGUUCUUUUUCGAAUCCAAGAAUUCGUUUGUGCCAAAUUUGAAAAAAACAACAACC